AUGCGGAAAGGCGAUGCAGCUGUCGCUGGGGGGUCAAACAACAGCGGAGAGAAGAAGAAUAGGGCGCAAACGCAUCUCAAUGGUGCGGGAACAGGGCGUAUGGGCAAAAAAGGGAAGCUGCCAGGCCGCGUUCCCGCACCAACACUGCCAAAUGACGUAAAGCAAGACAACAUUGUUUCACCCUCAGUGCGGAUUGGUGUGCCACAGCAGCGUGUGAUGAGCAUCGACAAGGAGUUCAGUUUGACCUCCCCUGUGAUGGGAACAACCACCAGCAGUGCGACCGGCUCGAGGAGCUGUGCGAUGAUUGCGGACCCUUGGGUGAUUUUGCAACCCUCACAGCCCCCAGCUCUCCUUGGUUGGGCUGCUCGACGAGAAACCACGAGCGAGAGCAGUGAAGCACACGGAGCCACAAAUCGCCUAACCGCAAUGUCAAGAAUGAAAAACGCGUUCCAGAUCGGAGAGGAGUUUCUCACACGAAAGACCAGUGGGGGCGAGGGAUGCGCUUGCAAUUGCUAUGGUAGAAAUGCACAGCGCUUGGAGUUGCGCUUCGCCUCUCCGUCGGAGAAGAGACGCGAUUUUACACGUCCGGCAGAUCCUUGCGCAGAAGCAAUGCGGCGUUUAGAGGAGGAGCACCACCAACGCUUUCGCCGGGUCCUCUACAGGCUGCAGCAGAUGUACCCUGACCCGUGGUGGCGGCUGCAGUCAUCGGCCUACUACGACGCGGGAGCACCGGAGGUGUUGGCCUGCGAUGACAGCCCCUUCUUUUCCCGUGUAGCAGGGGAUGUGCGGGAUGCAGGUGUCAUGUGGCUUUCUUUGAAGAGUGCCGCGCCGUAG